UUUUUCCCAAAGACAUUAACCAUGACCAAAUUAGGCGGAACAGGUGUUCUUUUACUGGUUUUGAUUUGCUCAUCGCGAGGCUUGAAUCUUACGCGAGACUUCGAUGUGGAUGAGUCUGAUGCUAAGCGUUUGGUUCCGGAGCUGAUUCAGCAUCAUGGGUAUCCGGUUCAAGUUCAUCACGUCGCAACGGAAGAUGGUUACGUGCUGGAGAUGCAUCGGAUUCCGGGUGAGCCGGGUAGUCCAGUGGUGUUUUUGAUGCACGGACUUUUGUGUAGUUCAGCGGAUUGGAUUAUCAUUGGGCCCAAGCACGGCUUAGCCUAUCUUCUGGCCCAAAAAGGUUUCGAUGUGUGGCUGGGAAAUGCUCGAGGCAAUCGAUACUCCAGGAGGCAUAAAACGCUGACCCCGAAUAUGUUCGCCUUUUGGCAGUUCUCGUGGCACGAGAUAGGAUACUACGAUCUACCGGCCAUGAUCGAUUACGUUCUGGAUCUUACGGGGCAAGGGAAGCUACAAUACGUCGGCCAUUCUCAGGGAACGACGAGUUUCUUUGUGAUGACUUCAACGCGUCCUGAGUACAACGAAAAGGUACAUCUGAUGCAGGCUCUUGCUCCAGUGGCCUUCACGAGUCAUAUGAGGAGUCCUUUGCUACGAGUGUUAUCCGUGUUCCAAGAAACCCUAACCAUACUGUUCGAAACCUUCGGAAUUGACGAAUUCAAACCGAACAAUAGUAUUCUCCAUGAUAUAGCUCGACUGUUUUGCUCUGGAAGUAUUACAAGUAAUCUGUGCUUGAACGUUCUUUUCCAAUUGGCAGGAGCUGAUCCUGACCAGGUCGAACUGAAAAUAAUUCCCCUCCUCGUUGGUCACACACCUGCGGGUGCAUCGACGAAGCAGAUUGUGCACUACGCUCAAGGCGUACGGACGGCACAAUUUCGGCGGUACGAUUUCGGUAAAAUCAAAAAUACAUUCAUAUACGGCAUGCCGGAACCUCCGGAGUACAACCUCACGGAAGUUCGGACACCGGUUGUGUUUCACUACGGCUUGAACGAUUAUCUUGCUGAUCCCGAAGACGUACUGCAGCUUGGCCGCGCACUACCGAAUCUCAUUGAACACCGGCAGGUGCAGCAUAACACCUUCAACCAUCUAGAUUUUCUGUUUGCCAAGGAUGUUCGGGAGCUACUGUAUGGGGACAUCAUCCAGAGGAUUCUGACCUGGAAAGUUUUGUAAGAGAAUUUAAAUCUUCAAUAGUUUAUUUAGUUAGGAUAUGUAAAUACACUCCCUUACAAUUUGUGUUUAUUCAACGAUUCAACCCUUGCUAAUGAUCCA